AGCUCUGAUGUGAGGAAAGGCUGAGAGAAUUGGGGUUGUUCAGCCUGAAGAGGAGAAGCUUCAGGAUGACCUAACUAUGGCCUUCCAGUUGAAGGAGCUGACAGGAAAGAUGGAGAGAAGCUAUUUACAAGGGAUGGAGUGACAGGACAAGGGGGUAUGACUUCCCACUGACAGAGACAGAGUCGUGCACCUGCAGCUGGGACAACCAUGGAGAAGAGUGGAAACAUUCAGCUGGAGAUUCCUAACUUCAGUAACUCUGUUCUGAGCCACCUGAACCAGCUGCGCAUGCAGGGUCGGCUGUGUGACAUUGUGGUCAAUGUGCAGGGCCAGGCUUUCCGUGCGCACAAGGUGGUGCUGGCUGCCAGCUCACCCUACUUCCGUGACCACAUGUCCCUGAACGAGAUGAGCACUGUGUCUAUCUCUGUCAUCAAGAACCCUUCUGUUUUUGAGCAGCUCCUCUCCUUCUGCUACACUGGCAGGAUAUGUCUGCAGCUGGCUGACAUUAUCAGUUACCUGACAGCUGCCAGUUUCUUGCAGAUGCAGCACAUCAUAGACAAAUGCACGCAGAUCCUUGAGGGGAUUCAUUUCAAAAUUAAUGUGGCAGAGGUGGAAGCGGAAUUGAGCCAGACCAGGACAAAGCACCAGGAGAGACCACCCGAGUCUCACCGGGCAACACCAAAUCUAAACCGUUCCCUGAGUCCACAUCACAACACCCCCAAGGGGAGUCGCCUGGGCCAGGUUAGCACAGUGCUGGACAUUCGGGAGCUAAGCCCACCUGAGGAGUCCACCAGCCCCCAAAUAAUUGAGCAGAGUUCAGAUGUGGAAGGCAGGGAGCCCAUCCUGCGGAUUAACAGAGCAGGACAGUGGUAUGUUGAGACAGGAAUGGGAGAGCGCGGGGCACAGAACGACGAGGAGGUGCGGGUGCUGGGAGGAGUGCGCAUUAAGACGGAAAACCUGGAGGAGUGGCUGGGGACAGAGCACCAGCCCUCGGGAGAAGAUGGGAGCAGCGCUGAGGAGGUCACGGCCAUGGUGAUCGACACCACGGGCCAUGGAUCGCUGGGCCAGGAGGCUUUUGCCUUAGGCUCCUCUGGAGCCAAAGUGGUCAGGCCGACCAGCAGCGAGAUCGACAGAUUUAGCCCUUCUGGCAGCAUGGUUGCUGUGACUGAGCGGUACAGAUCAAAAAGCGAGUCUCCCGGGCGGAUGGAUGAGCCUAAGCACCCCAGUUCCCAGGGGGAGGAAUCAGCCAUGCUUGGAAUGAGUGGUUACGUGGAAUAUCUGCGGGAGCAGGAGGUUUCGGAGCGCUGGUUCCGGUACAACCCACGGCUCACAUGUAUUUACUGCGCCAAAUCCUUCAACCAGAAGGGGAGCCUGGACCGGCACAUGCGGCUCCACAUGGGCAUCACACCUUUUGUUUGCCGCAUGUGUGGGAAGAAGUACACCCGCAAGGAUCAGCUGGAAUAUCACAUCCGCAAGCACACAGGCAACAAGCCCUUCCACUGCCAUGUGUGCGGCAAAAGCUUCCCUUUCCAGGCCAUCCUCAACCAGCACUUUCGCAAGAACCACCCUGGCUGCUUGCCCCUGGAGGGGCCCCAUAGCAUCUCCCCUGAGACCACCGUCACAUCACGGGGGCAGGCAGAGGAGGAAUCUCCUCCACAGGAAGAGGCUGUGGCAGUGGGGGAGACAGCACAGGGAUCUGUGUCCACAACCGGGCCAGAUUGAAAUGCGGCUGUGGAGUCCCAGGAGAAAGGACUGUUCCCAUUCCUGGCUCUAAAGAGUCAGCACCAACCUGGCAGGCUGGUACUGUAAUUAGUGCAAUGCCACCACUGAACAGAAAGAAGCUACCAAGAUGUUGCCAAAAUAGAAAAAUCUCUUUCUCUCUCUUCCUCUCACACACCCCCACACACACACCAAUAGAGUGUUAAAUGUUUUUCUCCCUUAUUCCUCCUCCUCUUGGAGAAAAACAAAACAACUGUGUCAAUCAACUUCUUAUUCAGGGAUCGACAGCAUUUUAAAUUUUUUUACUGUUCUGUAGUGAUCUGGGACAAGCAGUCAUUUGUAUUUCUGGACAGCGCUGUGGCCCAGCAGGGUAUCCCACCAGCAGUGCCAGGUUCAGCCACAGAGCCAUAUCCACUGCUCCCGCUCGAGGGGAGAGCAGGGGCAAGGGGCUGUUGCCUUCUUCCCUUCCCCAGGUAGUUGCCAAGCAAAGAAAACAAAAAUACUGUCCUGGUGGAACCUGCCUUGCCCAAGUGUAUUUAUCCGUGUCUUAUUUUUGGUGUGUCUCUUUAUGUUUUUAUUUAAACUGUCAUUUUAGGGCUUUGAGCUUGCCUGUUCUAGGCAUGUGGCUUACAUUUUCAUUUAAACUGUUAUUUUAGGGCUUUGGGCUUGCCUGUUCUAGGCAUGCGGCCCUGGUGCCCCUUGUUAAAGUGGGCACAGCUACGAAGUGGUAUUCCAGAGGUCAGCAAAAUGUGAAGGAAGCACUUCAGCUACUGAGAGUGGAAUUUUGCAGCUGUGAGGUUUGCAUGGGACUCUGAUGCAUUGGGAGAAGGGCUGGAGAGGUCUUCCAGAGGAGGUUGUCCUCUCCUGGAGCUGAACUGGAGAGCUCAGACCACUCUGAGGUCCUGGCUGGAGCACUGUCAUGCUUCAGGUGUUGCUAAGGAUUAGGAAGAGAUUUUCUGGAGUUGCUGAUAAGGAAUUGUGGAGUUAGAGGCUGGCUACCAAAGUCCUCUUUCACCCCUGCUUCCCCCUCGACACGCACUUGAUCUUUUAGAACAGCAAUAUGGGAUAUGGGAAUACUGCAAUGCUGUUGUCACAGCCGAGCAAUCGCAGGUGGUUGCUUUUAAACCUGUUUCUACAAACUAGUUUGAUAACUUUUUUAUCAAUGAAAUGCAAAAAGAAAAGAGAACCUUACUCUAUUUCCUUAUAACAGUUCAGGAGACUUAAUAGUGGAUGAUUCCUAGAGCAAUCACAACUCUGUCCCCUUGCAUGGACUUAACAUUUUUGUAUUCUGAGUAGCUCUGAUGUUUAGAGCAAAUUUAGCAAACCUGGAGAGAUAUGCCUGCGUGUGUGUUGUGGGUGUUUGCACGGGCUUAUGUGGUUCAUAACCAGAAAAGCAUGGGACAGGAAGAUAAGUGCAAAUAUCCUGACAUCUUUUUUUUAAAAAAAUAUGCAAUAUUUUAAGUUUUCUCUAGUUCUGAUGCCAAGUUGUUCAUGAUGAAGGCGGGGAACAACAGGUUGCAUGUAUCAGGUUUGGUGAAGGAGUACUCUUGAGGAUGUAUAAUGUGUAUAUGAUAAGGAAGGGUGAAGUUCUGAACCUUAAGGUGAUGGGAGGAACAAGGAGACAUUGGAGAAGAAAUAACACUUCAUCUUGCUUCAGCAAGAAAGCUGGAUGAGUGGUUAGAGUGGGGGCUUAGCAGGCUGGAGACUGACCGAGUGACAAUAUAGCUUGACCUGCUGUCUGACUGCAGUUUUGUGCACAUGGAAACAUCUCCAGCCCUUGCUUUACCCAUCUGCAAAUUGGUACUUGGGAUCAUUUUCCUGCCCCUUUGGAGGGAAUAAUUUGGAGAAGGGUGAUGUAUUCUUGCCUUGCUUUAUAGAUUUUUUUAUAUGUGAGGUGUCUCACUGUUCUUCCCAUCUCUCCCUCAAAAAGAGAUAUGGCUCUAAUAUGUUUUUGUGUUUGGGAAAGGGCUCGGUGCCAGUAUCAUAUGUAACAGGGAUGUAAUAAGAGGAACCUUUCCCGGUGUUCUGAGCUAGGAACCUGCAAAAUACCGUUUCAUUGACCGUUUCAAACAGGAAAACUGAUAUUUCACCUCUGUUUUCCUUCUGUACCUUCUUCCUCCUCUCCUGUCAAGGGCAUCCAUCACACAGGGAGUGGUUUGGCCACUCAAACAACCAUCUCCAUCAGGUUUCCUGGCAAAGGUCAAACAUCAUGGUACCAAAAGAGUGAGGUUGCCAGAGAGUUGUGACAGAGGAUGAGGUGAGAGGGUGGCCGAGGUAGGAUUUGUUGCAAUCAAGGUGCAGGGAGGAGUAGAGAUAUGCUGCUUUAGUCAUAGCUUUUGAAGUUACCAAAAAUGGAAGAAAAAAGUUAAAAACUUUGAAAUCCUAUCCUGUUCACACUAGAGAGCGUAAAAAGUAACUUUUAGUUGCAUAAAAGAUUUUUAAGUGUUUUAAAAUAGAAAUUUUAAAGAAUACUACCAAACUAUAAAAAAAAAUAUUUAUAUACAUAUAUUAUAUAAAAAUAUAGUGGGAAAGUUUCCCUGCUAAGCUUGCUGUGAAGAGAAGGGUGAAGGUGCAGUAACUGCUACACAAGCAACAUUUUUCUGAGACAGGUGGCAACCGUAGUGAAGAAAGGCUGACAUAAAAUGGUGAAUGCCUUUGUUCCCAUGGCAUAGCUGUGAGUUUCUGGAGCAGGUUUUUAUUUUACUGUAUCAAUACUGUGAACAGAGGAGCAUCCAAACAAUACAGGAUGCCGACAGUGCAUCCUGUUUGCUGAUUCACUACUUCAAGUGGCCUGGUGAAAAUCAUGAAAUUAGUCCUUCAUACCUUACUAGGCCGAAAACAAAGCUUGUGAAAGGUUUUCAGUUUCUCCUUCUUUGUAUUUGCUUUUCUUUUUGUUUUUUGUUUUUUGGGGUUUUUUUUGUGCAGAGGUUGCCACUGUAUAAAUGAUCAUAUCUGAUUGCAUGCAAAAGAGCCAAUAUUCUUGCCCAGGCCUCGCUGAGGUGAAGUUUAUAGCUUGUAGCUAGAGUCAGUAUAAGGUAUGGUAGUGGGAAUCAUUUUGAUAUUAUUUCUGUGCAUUUAAUGGAUCUGUAUGUAUGUGUGGGAAUCAUGAUGACUAAUAUUUCUUGAACAGUGCUGAAAACAGUUCAGGCCCAUCCACACUAGACAUUGGAACCAGUUCUGAAGGAAUUUUUAUUAAACAUUUCUUUCAGUGGUUGACUUCCUGAGUGCAGAUGAGACCAAGGUUCAAGAAAAAAGGGGUUGGAGAUUGUAUAAGGUAUGGAAAACCUCGUGAAUUUUCUGGCAGUGGUGUAGCUACUUAGAGGUGCUUUCCCUAACAGAAUGAUACUGUGUCCCAUUGCCUCUGCAUUGGUGUGGCUCUUUGCAGUUGCACCAAAGCUGUGGAGAAUCAGAUGCCAGCUUUCCAAGCGUGAAUGUUUCUGUGGUGGGUUGAGGCAAAGCUUUGCAUUCCCAUGUCUAGCUGCAUCUUGUUCUCCCAAAGCUGUGAUUUCAACUGUGAUUUAAAGAGGAUGUGAAGAGAACUCUGAUGUUUUAAUACCUCUGUACAUAACAUUUCUAUCUGCUUUAGAGUUAGGGCUUACUAACCCAUUUGUUUUCUUGCCUCAGGCAACAGGGAGAACACACUCUGGUUUUACAGUUUGCUUUCUUGGAGGUGGACAUAGUUCUUUGCUGUCAAAGAACUUACCUCCCAAAUGUGAAGAGUUGUGGUUAUUUCCUUAAGCCUGCAGCAAGCCCUGGUGCCAAGUGUCAGCCAAGUGACAUGAUGGUUGCCACGGCUGUUCCCUGGUGCUGCCAGGUUCCCUGUGAAUAGCUGUGAAAAUAGCAAGAAUUGUUUUAAUACCGUGUUGCUGCUUUGGAGAAAAGAUAAACCUCUUCGUCUCAGGAGGAUGACUGAUGUGAAGCUGGGAAAAGGAGAAGGCCAAAAUACAGUUAGAGGAUGUGAAAACAAAUUGUGCUUUUUAUUUCCAGCAGCUAGAGAGGGAUGAAUGAGAGUUUUUUUGGGAUGUGAAUUUGUUACAGGAGGCUAAGUACAUGCUUAGAGCUAACUUAGUAAGAUCCAGGGAUAGCCCGGUGAGAGCCAGAGCAGCCGGUGCAAAGGGCAGUCUCUACUUGUCCUCUCAGCAUUAUCUACCAUCAUCUUCUCUACAAUAUUCUCAAGCUGUGAUCUGUAUAAUUUAACUUUAGUUUGGGUGCUGGGAAGAACAGAGAGCAUGUUGUGUCUCUGCUGCUGUUUUAAACCCAGAGGGGUUGGCAGUGACUGACCCUGUUCCCAUCAGACAGCUAUUCAGAGCUUUGGGAACAAGCUGCAGCCCUUCUGAAAAGCAUCAUGGGGCUGGCUCGGUGCAGAGGGCACAGGGCCAGGAUUUCAACCCUCUGUGAGCUCAAGGUUGAAAUACAUGGACAGGACAGCUCUGUCUGCUCUCAUUGCUUGUCCUGCUCUCAUUUUGUGACAGCUCCAUGGCUGUGUUUCCAUCCCACACAUCUGCAAUAGGAAUGUCACUUAACAGUGACAUGCCCAUUUCAGGAAGUGAUUCCAAGCAGAAUUAUUUUUUUGGAGUAAAGUCCUGGCACUUUUGGGUGAUUCAGCCCUAACAAGGCCUUUGCAAGAGCAGAGUUGUAGCUUUUAUUUGCUGCUGACUUCAUGUCUCCUGCAGAAUCCAAUCCAUAAAUAGGAAGACAGCUGCAAAGGUGCCAUUGAUUUGGGUGGUAGGUUGAUUGGGAGGUAGAUAGGAUUGUGCCUCUUAAAAGCCAAUAAAAACCAGCAUUUAAAAUCAUUUAAACUUCACCAAUAUAUUCUCUUUGAUCCAUGACUUGCCUGCCAAUUUAGCCAUGACAGCAUCUAAAUGUUUCUGCAGAUUAGUGACAUCAAAUGUUCAGGCUCUGCUGGAAAUAUUUUGGGGAUAGAAAAAGUCCCUGCUCAUGGCAGGAUGGUUGGACUAGAUGACCUCUAAAGGUCCCUUCCAACCCCCAUACUAUUCUAUAAGUCAAGAAGCUAUCAUUCAAGGAGACUUUUUGCCAAGGUCUGGGCUCUGAGUUUUCCCAGGGAGCUGAGCCUGUGGCCAGGACUGCAGUUGGAAAGCCUGGAAUCCACUGCCAUAGCAAUAUAAUUGUGGUGAACAUUGCUUCUGUCGCAAGGUGAGAGCCAUGCACAGAGUUUUGAUAUCAGCAGUUAAAGGGCCUAAAGAGGAGCUCAGAAUCCUUAUUUUAAUCACUAUCAUUCACAGGAUAUUUUAAUCUAAAAUACAUAUGUACCUGUGUAUGUAUGUAUGUAUAUAUAUAUAUUUGUAACCAAAUAGAAGUUAAAACUAUGCAAGCAAUACUGGCUACUUCUUGAAACUAAAGCCUACCAGAACAUUUUGGAAUAGAGUAGAUUUGGAGUAGACUUGCUGUGUUUUUUUGGUAUUGUUUUAUAACCAGUAAAAUGCAGCAGGCCAAAGUUUUGCUGCAGUUAAUCUUACUAGAAAUUUAGGUUAUUCCUAACCUGGAACCCACUCAGGUGGAUUACAAAAUUAUCUGAAGAGUCCUACCAUCUCUAAAAUAUUUCCAUCUGCUGAAAGGCUUUGGCUUGGCAAACAUAGAAAAACACAGAGGCUGGGAAUUAGGAGAGAUUGAAUGUGAUGAUUGGGCUGAUGGAAUCAAGAAAGGACUGGGAGCAUUUACUUUUGGAUGUAGGAUUGAGUUGGUUUAAGGGAAUCUUCCUGUUUGGGAAAAUAUCCAUUGCUGAGAUGGAGGCAGUGAUCAGAGCAUCCUUGGGAUGAAUUCUGGUUUUGAUGGAGGGUAUUGGAAAGCUUCCUGCUGAACCUGAUGGUACCAGAGUUUAGGCUGCUGGGAGAAAUUCCACAUGGUUUCUGCCAUUUCUUUGUGUCAGAUCUGAUAUUUGCUUUUAGAAUUAACUGCAUUAUAUCUAUAUGUAACUUUCAGUGACCUUUGGCUUUUUAUUCCUGGAACUGUAGACAAUUCAGGUUUCCCAUAACAUUAUCUUCAGCCCAACUGUGAACAAGUUACUACUGCUUCUUAUAAUUUAUUGUCUUUCUGUUCCUGAAUGUCUGUGUGAUCCAGCUGGUCGCCAGCACCACCUUCCAGUGUUUCAUUAGCUUUUAUGCACAGGGAAUUGUUGCAAUGGAUAAGUUGACCAUGCUAGUUGGAAGAGUAGAAGCCAUUGGAGAAUGACUUGCUUCCUCUAGCUGUCAUUAGGGAGUGCACACACACAUACCUGUAUAUACACAUAUAGAAACAAAUAUAGUGUGUUUCAAUAUAAACUCAUUUAGCAUUAUUCUUAUUUAAUUUAUAUUUUAAUCCAGUUGUAAACCAAAGUAUUACAGCUUGUGAAAUGAUCCUCUUGGAAAUAGAAGGAACUUUUUUUAGGUGGGAAUUCUGAAAGGUCUUUGGUGACAUAAACAUGGAUACAAGUAAGACUUAAGAACUUGUGAUGCUGGGGAGUUGCAGCCUUGAAAGAAUUUGAAACUUCUGGGUAAAGUUGGAUGGUGGGGGCCUUUUGAAGGUGUUCUUCAUGGUCUUUAACAGUUUUGUUGUAAAACAAGGACGUUCUGGCAAAGCUAGAAAUAAAAUGGUAGAAAUCAGUAAAUCAAACUAUGAUCUGGCACAGGUGGGAGCUGGGGAGGUAGCCACAAAACCAGCCACUGAUGUAUUUAGUGUCUAAUUUAAAGUUUUAGGAAAUGAGCCGUUGCUAUUUUCUGAUGUCUAGAAGUGUUUGGGGGUUUGUUAAUAACUUCUGUGAAGGCGCAUGUUCUGCUGUCACCAAUGGGAAGAAUGGAUUUAAAGAUAAGAUCUUGCUGAUUUUUUUUUGUGUCAGGGAAUAAUUUCCUUUCUGAGGAAUUAGCAAGUGCUAAGAACAAAUUCACCUCUAACAUGUCCUGCAGGCUUGGCAGUGGCUCUUCUUUCUCUAGGGAGAAAUAAGACAGCUGAAAUAAUAAGAGAGUUUGCCUGUUUUCAGCCCUGGCUGGUGCUGGUGGCACUGGAACUGCACAGGGGGAUGGGUAGAAAGGUGGAACAGCAGCAGAGCAUCACUGGGAAGAGGUAGUGCAUGUAUCUGGCAUGCCAUGGAUGCUGUGGGCAGGGAAAUGCUGGGUUUAGAACCUGCACGGGGCAGAAGCAUGCAGGAAAUGCUGCUGCCUUGUGAGACAGGUGUCCAAAGAUGCCUAUCCUGCACAUGGCAGUUGAGCAGCACCAGGGUUUUACUUGUUACUUGCUGGAGAAAAAAGGGCCAGUCCCCUGUGGGGGCAGUUUUGCUGUGAGCAUUUCAAAAACUCCAUUGGAAGGAACUGAAGGGUGAGAAGUAAAGGGUGGAAAGGGUGGUACCAGACUUCAAAAUGCCAUUUUCUGAGUUUUCUGCAAGUGUUGAACACUGAAGUUUGUUUUUGUUUUAGUGCUUUCUCCUUUACCUAUAUAAUUUUUCCUAUUUAAACUCCACAGCUCAGGGGAGGGUGCAGAGAAGAUGGAGCCAGACCCUUCCUGGAGGCACACGGUGGUAAGAAGGAGCAGCAGUAGGCAGCAGUUUAUAGAAGGCAAAAUGAGGUUAGGUAUGAUAAGACAUUAUCUCACUGUGAGUAUACUCAAACAGCAUUGGAUCUGGUUGUCCAGAGAGGCUGGGAAAUCUCUAUUAUGGGAGAGUGCAGCCUCCAAGUUCCUGUUUCCAUUAGACUGCACCAAGCUGUAUUUUUGUUGCCUUUUUUUUAGUUUUAUCAUGUAAAAUGGGAAGCUUUACUGGCCUUCCUAGUUCAUAUAAGUUAAGCUUUUGAAACACGUUCAGGUAUUUUCAAAUACUCCUGUGUAAGUUCCUUAUUUAAUCUGACAUACUCUGAUUUAUUAUUUUACUGCAGUUACCUAAGGCAGUACUUAAAAAAUCAGUGCUUUUUUUUUUUUUUUUGCAGACUUUCAGCUUAGCUAUUGUUAAUGUACCUAACACCCUUCCUCUCAGAUCGAUGGUGAAAUGCCUGCAUUAUUUUUCUACUGCAGUAAGGCUUACUUAUUUAAACCUUCCCAUUACCUUUGCAGUCAGACCCAAUACCAUUGGCUAUGAAACUGUGAAACUAAUGAGAAAUGAAAAAUGACGUUGGAUUAAUUUACUGCUGAUCAUAAAAUACAGAAAGUGGCAGUAUAAAAAGAUAAAAUACAUUUGAAAUGAGUUACUCAAAUCACAGAAUUGUGGAAUGGUUUGGGUUGGAAGAGACCUUAAAGCUCAUCUUAUUCCAACCCCCUUGCCAUGGGCAAGGAUGUCUUCUGCUAGAAUUGGAAUAGAAAUUACUGAGUCUGGGGCAGGAGGAGGAGUCACAAAACUAGUCUGAGAGAAACAAAUUAACUUGAUGAUGGCAAUGAAUUGGUUCCCCAUUUGGUCAAGUUUUAAAAGCUGUUUCUUGAAGUUUCCCUGGCUCUGCUCGUUCAUCUACGUGUCUUGGGCAUUGGUUUGAUACGGGGGUUUGUACCUCUGAGAGUAUUUCUGAGAGUUUACAUAUGUAAACCUCUCUGAAUUACUGUGAAGCUUUUUCCUGAAUCCUUCCUUGCCUGUGCAUUGGUAACUGAACAGAACUCUUGCCUGCAAGAGGCCAGUGGGAUGAGGGUGGCAGCUGUGGGUGACACUAACAAGUGGACAGUGCAAUUCUUGGGCUGACAGAUUGGAUUUUGGGAAGAGGCAUGAAGCCUCAACCCCACUGUGGCUGUCUCCAGCCCCAGGGUGUUCUUUCAGUCGAUGUGUGUUUGCAGAGGCUGUACAGGACAGCCUGGAUCUCCAGAGAUGCAGGGAAGGAGGGUGUAGGUGGCAUGCAGGCACUUUUCUCAUGUGUUAAAAGAUUUCUUAAGCCAGGGUUGUGCUAUUGGGGGAAGCACCCCAAGUGGGAUUGAGAAUAGAAUUUUGUUAUACCCUUUGCUUAAGGCUAAUUCCUUGGGCUUCCCUAAGGCACUGGCAGAAAGCUGACACUAGACAGUUUUUUCCAGGGCUGUGUUUUCAUGGGGCAAGUGCCAGUAAGGAAUAUUGGGAAGGGAGAGAGGAGUGUUGUUCAAAUAAGGCAUGGUUGUUUUGUGUUGGUGGGUAAUAUGGCUGACAUUUAGGAUGGGCAAGAGCAAUCCUGGGUGGCAAAAAAGACUUUUCUGAAUAAGGUCUAUUAGAAGCUGAAUGAGGAGGAGAAUAACAUGCACCUGUAUGUUCUUGCAGUAACAUAUUCCUCACCUCAUGCCCCACACUUGCAGGGAGAAUUAGCAAUGGAUGAGAAGGCUGGAUCAAAGCACUACUUUAGUCUGAAAAGGGAGGGGAAUGAAUGCAGUUUUCCCAAGUCUCUAGUGUGUUAAACACUAGCUGAAGCUUCCAUGAGCUGUGACCCCGUUGUCCCCAGAGCUCCCCUUGUUUCCCUGGUGUCCCUCCAACUUUCCUGCACAACACUGUGAGUAUGAUAUCUGUAGCUGUUUUCAAAACUUUGGGUUUUUCCAUUAAAACUUCUCAGAGCAGGAAAUGCUGUCCUACUGCAGGAGCAGACAGGACAUGACCCCAAACAGGGCACAGAUAGUUGAGAAGUGGGAGAGAAAGUUUUAAGAGUUAACAAAGGAAGUGGCUUUGUACAGCAAUUUGCUAAUCAAACAAACUUGUCUUGUAACAAACUUAACUGACAAUCAAUUUCUAAAAUACAAAAGCCUCUUAGAGAAAUAGUCAAGUAUAUCUUCACCAGAAAGAUUUAACUGGGAUAACGUAAUAAAGAGAAUAAAGAGCACAGGAUUUUGGGAUUUUUCAAUUUUUUUUUUUUUUUUUUUCCCCCUCUUUUGAGCAAUCACUCCAGAAAUGUAGUUGCAUUCAGCAGCAAUGUAUUCACAGGACAGUAACUACCUCUCUCUCUUGGAGUGCUGAGGUUACCACACUACACAACACACUCUAGCAGCAAAGCUUUCACUUUAAAGAGAUUUGUUUUCCUUACCUCUGUGUUUCAGAAAUACAAGUCUGCUCUGUAAAGUGACUCUAAUGAAAAUGUCAUCUGGGAGGGGCAAUGGGAGUCCUUUCGGGUACACACAGUCCUUCUUGGCCUCCAGUUCCUUACUGUGACCCUUUGCAGGUUGGCCAUGGGGCUCUGACAGUUCAGGGGGACUUUGUCGGCUCCUCUGUGCUGCCUGACAGUGAACUGUCCUCUGGGCUAGAGCUGUAAGACCACAUUCCUGCAUUAGGAAAUCAGUUAAUGGUGGGGAAGGUAAAAGGAGUAUCCAUCUCCCUCCUGCC